UCUUAGAGACACUGCGGCAGCACGGGGUGUCGCAUCUAUAAGGGGGAUUACAGUAACCCGGUUGUCAGUGAUGAGUCAGAGUGCGUGGUGCUGAUGCUGCUGCCAUUUCAUCACCUUUGCAAGCGCAGCAUCUAUCCCUUUGCUCUCCCGGCGCCUGGGCCUACCUUGCCUCGGACUAGCAGGCCAGCGAUGAACUCACAGUUCAGCUAGAACGGGGCCAAGCCGCGCUCUCCGAGGCUUAGGCGGGGUCCCUUCUCCUGCCGCCCCCGACCUGGGCCAAGCCGCGGCCAUGGAGGCCAUCUGGCUGUACCAGUUCCGGCUCAUUGUCAUCGGGGAUUCCACGGUGGGCAAGUCCUGCUUGAUUCGCCGCUUCACCGAGGGUCGCUUUGCCCAGGUUUCGGACCCCACCGUGGGGGUGGAUUUUUUCUCCCGUUUGGUGGAGAUUGAGCCAGGAAAACGCAUCAAGCUCCAGAUCUGGGAUACUGCGGGUCAAGAGAGGUUCAGAUCCAUCACCCGCGCCUACUACAGGAACUCAGUAGGUGGUCUUCUCUUAUUUGACAUUACCAACCGCAGGUCCUUCCAGAAUGUCCAUGAGUGGUUAGAAGAGACUAAAGUACACGUUCAGCCCUACCAAAUUGUAUUUGUUCUGGUGGGUCACAAGUGUGACCUGGAUACUCAGAGGCAAGUGACUCGCCACGAGGCCGAGAAACUGGCUGCUGCAUACGGCAUGAAGUACAUUGAAACGUCAGCACGAGAUGCCAUUAAUGUGGAGAAAGCCUUCACAGACCUGACAAGAGACAUAUAUGAGCUGGUUAAAAGGGGGGAGAUUACAAUCCAAGAGGGCUGGGAAGGGGUGAAGAGUGGAUUUGUGCCAAACGUGGUUCACUCUUCAGAAGAGGUUGUUAAAUCAGAGAGGAGAUGUUUGUGCUAGUCAGCCUAUUUUAUUUCCCAAACACACUCUCCCAGCUGAACUUAUAAAAGCAAUCAAAAUAAACAGAACCUUUCUGU